AUCGUAUUUGCCGAUUUUUCGAGCAAAAUGUGUUCAUCACGUCUCGUGUGAGCAACCUACCUUUAAGAAAUGCGCUUAAGGACGCCUCUUGUCCACCUGAAGUGUUCGCCGAAUCUGGUGGUGCUCUGUUUCUUCGUCUACAAAACCACCGAGUCUUUGCUGCAAGCUGCAAACCGAAUUCAUGUAUAUCAUACUGUAUGUAACGGGAUUGCAAAUGUCAAUACUAGUGAGAGUGUUUGUCGAUCCACGGAAACUAAUAGUCCAUCACUUUCUGAAGGUAUUUUCUUCAACCACACAGACGAGCUGAGGGCAGGAUUUCCCCGAAACCUCACAUGGAGUAUGGAGAAUUCGAAGUUUUUGGACCAGGAAAUUAGCAUACAACGGCACUCCGGUAUGUACCUGGUGAUUUACAGAUGUCUUCUUAAUAUCCCGGCCACUGUGGCUUGUUUGUUCUUUGGUUCGUGGUCUAAGCGAUUGGGUCACAAGUGGGUCAUGUUAAUCCCCUGCGUUGGCGCCAUACUUGCAUGCGGCUGGUUUAGUUGUGGCCUAAUACCCUGGUUGAAACCCAUCCCAGACGUGCUGUGCUUCAUUAUGGUCGGAGCACUUACAAACGGUCUGUGUGGAAAGAGUAGCGCUAUGAGCAUGGGAGCCAAUAGCUACAUCACCGAUAUCAGUUCCACAAAACAACGUACCAAAUUGUUAGGUCGUUUAAUGGGGAUGAACUGUUUCGGCCUGUGUAUCGGCCAUGGUUUGUUGGCACUGUUCUUUCGAUACAAAGGAAUCGCUGAAGUGUUCGUGUUUGCUGUCAGUAGCAAUACAUUUAUUUUGCUUAUACUGUUGUUUCUUGUGCAAGAUUCGAAAGAGGUCUGUGCGCAAGCAAUUCUGAAUGGACCUCGAACUAAGCCAAAUGAGUUGGACAAGGACCAUGGCGAAUCAACUGCGGCUUCCUUAAACCCCAAAGAUUCAGUUUGCUGGUGUAUAGCAAUCUGUCAGACUGUCAAAAACUCUUAUAUAUUUCUGAUCGAGAAAAGAAGUGGCCAAUUAAGAACGAUAAUACUCUUCCUCCUUGGUAGUGUGUUGUUCAAUCAAAUGGCCAAAUCUGGAGAGCAGGAUGCUAUACUGCUGUUUGUCAAAAACAAACCUUUUCGAUGGACAGCUGAAAUGUAUGGUUACUAUAUAGCUGUAUACUAUGGAUGUAUGGCUAUACUACUGACCUUGGUGUUGCCACUGAUCGAAUAUCGACUCGCACCUCACGAUACUACUCUUAUUAUGCUUGGUAUAUCAUUCAAAAUUGCUCGUCUCCUUACUACGGCUCUAAGUCAGAGUACAGCCAUCCUAUUCGUAGCUGCCGUGGGGGGCUCUGCAGCUGGAUUUAUCAGUUCUGGCAUACGAUCGCUGCUCAGCAAACUCGUCCAUAGUGAUGACGUUGGAGCAAGCUUUGCUUUGGUGUCUUGCAUGGAGUCAGUGUCAAAUUUAUUUGGAGGAAGUUUAUUCACCGGACUAUACAAUUUGACAAUAACCAUAUUCCCUGGAACUAUAUUCGUCAUCGAUGCGGUGCUGCACGCGUGCAUUCUUGGAGCUUUCAUAUGGCUACGUAUCAAACUUUCUCACUUUGAAGAACAGGUGAAUAUUGCUGAGAUGAAAUAACUCUUCUAUGUGUAGCAAAUCUAACGGUUUCCAGUUAAAACAGAGUCUAAUUUAUCCCUGCAUACAUGUCUAAUGUCAUUUCUUGCUACCGUACUUCAACCUUUAGUUAAGCCUGUCAUUUUUCGUUG